AUGUUGCGUAACAUUUUGAGAGAGCGAUUUUGGAUUCUACAUGGUAGAAAGACAGUGAGAUCCAUCUUAUCAAAAUGUGUUGUCUGUAAGAGACAUUCUGCAAAGAAGCUUGAUAUUCUUACUGCCUCUCUUCCGGAGGACCGAAUCCGAGAAGGUGCUGCGUUUGAGAUCUGUGGCAUUGACCUGGCUGGGCCACUAUUUCUCAGAGAUAAUAAGAAGUCUUGGGCAUGUCUCUUCACCUGCGCUGUCUAUAGGGCUGUACACAUCGAAUUAGUGACUUCUUUAUCUACGCAAUCAUUUUUACUGGCUUUGCGCAGAUUCAUAGCCCGUAGGAGACGAUGCAGCAUUAUCUAUUGUGACAAUGGCUCUAAUUUUGUGGGUGCUUCUAAUCUACUGAGUAAGCUGGAUUGGAGCCUUAUUGUAAGUGACACUGCUCUUCAUCUUAUUAAGCGGAAGUUUAACCCUUAA